GCCGUCGCUGUUCGUCGUUGCGACGCGCCCUUGUCGAGCCUCGACCUCGUACACACGAUCAUUUCUUCCCCGAUACAUCCCGCACCAGCCCCCACUCGUCAGACAUGCCUCUGAUUGGACCUCGGGGCUAACCAGCUGGCUGCAAAAUCGGCUCGCGAUUCGCGAAGACGCGAACCGGAAGAUGGAAGAAAUUGAGCGAAAGCGAGCAAGGGAACGCGCGGCCGAGCAGGGAGAAGGGAGCAUAUUCGAUACUGAAGCGCAGGAGCAGCUAAAGAGGGAACAUGAGGAGGAGGCUGAAAUACUAGAGUUGGAGGAAGUACCGAGCCAGCAGUGGGUGGGGCAGGCAAAGCGGGUUGACAACCGGCCGAAACAGGGCAAGAUGAUUACCGUUGGACAAGAGACACAUGUUGCGAAGAGGCAGAAAAUCCGAGAGCAAACGGGCAAAACAGCCAUGUUCAAGAUCUCGCACCGCAAAUUGAACAAGCUCGCCCAUCAGAUCGGUGGCAAGCCGAUCGACCAAGCCAUCCUACAGAUGCAGUUCAGCGAAAAACGAGCUUCGACAAGAAUCAAGAGCAUGCUUGUGCUCGCCCGCGAUCAAGGAGGGAGGCGUGGUAUGCUCAGGGAGAGACUUGUCGUCGCCGAAGCCUGGGUGAACAAGGGCCCCAAGCUUCGGAGGUUGGAUAUCAAAGGACGCGGGAGACUGGGCAUUAAACAUCAUCCGAGUGCGAGGAUGCAUAUCGUGUUGAAGGAGGGGAAGACGUGGCAGGAGAAGAAAGAUGACAAGUUUAAAAAGUUAGUCAAGGCUGUGAGGAGCGCCGGGCUGUAUAGGGAAGACGUACCGAUUAGGAACCACGGGCCGAGGUAUACGUGGUAG